AUGUCUGACGAAGAACAGUCCGCUAUUGUCUGUGACAACGGCUCUGGCAUGGUGAAGGCCGGCUUCUCCGGCGAUGAUGCGCCGCGCCAUGUGUUUCCAUCCAUUGUUGGCCGACCAAAGAACGAGCAAGCGAUGAUGGGAAGCGCCAGCAAGAAGCUUUUUGUUGGCGACGAGGCUCAAGCAAAGCGUGGCGUGCUUUCGCUCAAGUAUCCUAUCGAACACGGUAUCGUCACCAACUGGGAUGACAUGGAGAAGAUCUGGCAUCACACCUUCUACAAUGAGCUGCGCGUCAACCCGGAGUCACACAGCGUCCUACUAACAGAAGCCCCUAUGAACCCCAAGCAAAAUCGUGAGAAGAUGACACAGAUCAUGUUUGAGACCUUUGGUGUCCCCGCCAUGUACGUUGGCAUUCAGGCAGUGCUCUCACUCUACUCGUCCGGACGAACCACCGGUAUCGUUCUUGAUGCUGGUGAUGGCGUGACCCACACCGUCCCUAUUUACGAGGGAUACUCUCUCCCACAUGCCAUUCGCCGUAUGGACAUGGCUGGCCGGGACCUCACGGAAUAUCUGAUGAAGCUUCUGAUGGAGAGUGGGAUGACGUUCACUACGUCUGCCGAGAAGGAGAUUGUUCGGAAUGUGAAGGAACAACUGUGCUAUGUUGCUUUGGACUUUGAUGAAGAGGUGACGAACAGUGCCAAAACUGUUAACGAGGAGCCGUUUGAGCUCCCAGAUGGCACAAUCAUGCAGGUGGGUAACCAGCGCUUCCGCUGCCCCGAGGCGCUUUUCAAGCCCAUGUUGAUUGGCCUCGAUGAAGCCCCCGGGUUCCAUGAGAUGACCUUCCAGUCCAUCAACAAAUGCGAUAUUGACGUGCGUCGCGACCUGUACGGGAAUAUUGUGCUCUCUGGCGGCACCACAAUGUUCAAGAAUCUUCCAGAGCGUCUUGGAAAGGAGAUCAGUAACCUUGCACCUUCUUCAAUUAAGCCGAAGGUUGUUGCGCCACCGGAGCGGAAGUACAGUGUAUGGAUUGGAGGCUCCAUCCUUUCAUCCCUUACGACAUUCCAGACAAUGUGGAUCAAGAAGAGUGAGUAUGACGAGGCAGGCCCAAGCAUUGUGCACAACAAAUGCUUUUAG